UUUUGAGAUAUUUUUAUAAUAUUAGAUUGUAAUCAGUUAAAUAAUGAAUUAUAUAAUAUAAUUUAUUUAUUAGAUAUUAAAACUUUGAUUAGUCAAAUUAAAAUUGUUUAAUGACUCAUCCUAAAAUCAAGAAGAACAUGACAAAUAAACAAAUUCAGUUCUCAAAUAAUAAUAUAGAUAGAUACAUCGUUAAAAAAAAACUAAAUUACAAAAUAUUAAUAUUAAAUAUUAAUUUGCUUAGGAUCCUAUUGGAAAAAUUCCAUCAAGAUUAAACAACAAGCAAUAAAGAUAGCAACGCCGCCGUUAUAUAAAUCGGCGACACUUAAAAAUAUCGUACCCUAGUUUGCAACUUCGGAAAAAAAAUGACUACGAUGUCUGAUCUUCCACUAGAUUUGACAAAAGAGAUAUUCUCUAGGGUUCCAUUGACAUCCCUAAGCUCAGUGCGAUCCACUUGCAAAAGUUGGAACUCUAUCUCUAAGUCUCAGGUUUUAUGCGAAUCAGCCGCAGGAAGGAAGCAGUUUCUAGGGUUCAUGAUGAAGGAUUUUAGUGUUUGCUCGAUGAAGUUUGAUCUCCAAGGAAUCCAAAACGAAGCAGACUUCGUUAACCCAUCUAUAAAGCAAGUAAGUGUACUUGACCAAGUAAAGAUAUCUCAAAUCUUUCAGUGUGAAGGCUUACUUCUGUGCGUCACCAGAGACAAGUCAAGGCUCUUGGUAUGGAAUCCUUAUUUGGGGCAAACUAGGUGGAUUCAACCAAGAAACACUUUCCUAAGUGGAGACCAAUAUGCUCUUGGAUAUGACAAGAACCGUAAACACAAAAUCUUGAGGAUUUUAGGUGACUAUAAAAGCGGUUCCAUGGUUCUUGGGUAUGAAAUCUUCGAUUUGAGCGCUAAUACAUGGAAGGUUUCUAAUGACAAUCAAGACUGGCGGAUAGAUCAUUAUCAACGUGGUGUGUCUUUGAAAGGACAUACUUAUUUUUUGGCAAAAGAGAAAAUAAGAAUAGGUGGAACAAACAAUAAUAUAGAUUGUAUACUCUCUUUUGAUUUUACAACAGAGAGAUUUCGUAAACUGCUGCCCCUGCCGUUUAAAUCUUAUUAUUCAGAUAAAUUGGUGUUAUCUUGUGUCAGAGAAGAGCAGCUCGCUGUAUUACAUUACAGCUGGGUGAUGGGUCAAGCAUUGGAGAUUUGGGUCACGAAAAAAAUUGAUCCUGGUGAGGUUUCGUGGAGCAAGUUCUUGAGAUUAACCUCUUGGUGUAUGGGUGAUAUUCUACCUGGGAGUUUCUUCAUUGAUGAAGAAAAGAAAGUUGUUGUUGUUGUCUAUGAAAUACGGAUCUUGACCGGUCGCAACCAAAGUGCCCACAUACUUGGACCAGAUGGAUACUUCAAAUCUGUGAAUAUUGGAGAGACUCGGUAUAUUGGGAGACGUAUCAAGCAUGGAUAUAUGAUCAGUGAAUUAUGUGGUCCACUUGUGUGCUCUUCUUAUGUUCCAAGCUCAGUGCAACUACAAACCAACCAACCGGUAAAAUCAGAAGAAGGUGAAAAUUAAUUAGUUCUAUGUACAAUACUUAAUUUGCAUCAAACAUGCAUCUUCGGAAAACUAUUAAUUUGUGUGUUUGCUAUAUAUCAUCUAAUAAAUAAUUCGGCUUUUGAACGUUUUAGCCUCUUUGUUCAUGUCACUUGGAUAUGUAAUCAAACUUGGCCAUUAACUUAAAUUAUACUAGUUGUUAGAUGUGAUCAGUGCAAGAGUUCAUGUGGAAGUAGGAGAUAUUCAUGAUCUGAUUUGGUCAAGACUGGUUUUCUUGACCUGGAUAGAAAUUAUAGUCUUCCUUUUUCGGGAACGUAACUCUUCAAAAUUAGUUAUUCAUGAUUUUUUUCUUUUACUUUUUUUCUUUUUAUUGGUGUGGUAAAUGAAAAAUUAGUUACAUCAAUUAUCAACUUUUUAUUUUGAAACGAAAGAUUUAUAGAUUGCGUAACUCUCUUUAAGCAAGAUUUUGUUGCCCUUAAUCAUUGUUGGGGGUUUGACAAAAAAAAAAAAAAAUCAUUGUUGGAUAGAGACAUAGAGUUCUCUUGAUUGGGAGUAGCAAGUUUAAUAAGAAUCUAAUUCUAGUGUCGUUCGCUUUUCAAUAUGUGAAAUGCAGAUUGUAUUAUAAACUAUAAGCUCGUAGGCACUAUCUUUUCCCUCCGCGUAGUAUCGAGGAAUAUAACGAUCAUGCUAGAGCAGCAGCACGAUUUGAAGCAUUUGACUUUUUUUUCUUAUCUAGACCUACGUUAUUUCCUCAUAUAUCAGUUUGAAUGGUUUUCUUCACUUACAUAGUUUAUAGUCUUCAUCUUUCCACAGAACCCUUCAAAAAUUAGUCAUUCAUGAUGUUUUUCUCUCUUUAUUGAUGUGGUAAAGAAAGAUUAGUAGUUAUGUUAAUACUAUUAUCAAGAUUUUGUUGCCCUUAAUCUUUGUUCGAUAGAGUUCUCUUGAUUGGGAGUACCAAUGCAGAUCAGGUUACACUUUUUCAUUCGACCUCACUAUCUUAAAUUUCCAUAGUAUUUCCUAUUGGAUGUACAGCUAUAAGCUCUAGCCUACUUUCAAUGACAUAUGUUAAAAUUUAAGUGCUUUAAUUUUAUUUUAAUCAAUAUUUAAAAUUAAAUUAGCUUAGAAUCCUAUAAGAAAAUGGGGUUUUUGCCAAAACUAACCCACAACUUGAUUUUAAUCCCAAACCUAUACCCAAACUUGAA